AUGGAAUGGAGUCGCCCAGGGAAUUCUGCUUGGAAUUUUGGAAACUGGAGCUCGAAACUCGACUUGACCCUGCUUGUUGGUCACGCCCGUAACCUCCUACCCAGAUUUACCCAGGUCACCCAAUGGGCAUGCCAGUGGCAACGACAAUCCGUGGGGGACAAUGUCGUGAUGAUAACAAGCACGCAGUCAUACUACACCCACGUCCAGGGCCCUACCCAACAGCUUGCUAUCACAUGGGGACGCGCCAUUCGGGAUGACUCUCACCAGGAACGGAACGAGCGGGAGACGUGCAAGAUUCUCACCGAGUUACCAGGAAACCCUCCUCGGCCCAGCUCCAACGCUUCAGCACUAUUCUCCGAGGGGAUAUACUACGUCCAGGCCACAGAGUGCCACAGCCCUGGUAUCUUAGUGAGUACACACCAGAUCCUUGGUGUUAGGUUCACCUGCACCCGUGCCAGAUACGUGGUUAUCAUGGAGCCGGCUCUGCUAAAGUCAAGCGAGGAGCAGUCCGCCGGGAGAAUCCAUCGUAUCGGUCAGCACUACACCACCACCGUGUGGCGGCUCUACAACAACACAAGCGAGGCCAAAAGGCGCAUUCUACAGCGCCACCAACAGCGCCAGGGAUUGCGGGAGCAGCAAUAA